CAGGUAAGGACGCUACGGGAUCGCUACCUGAGGACAGCGGUAGGUCCUGCCUACAAGAAAAUCACGAGCACGGCCAAGUGUGAGCGAAUAAAAACUAAGGAAGACUUCGUUCAGUCAUUGUGGCAUUUAUGGAUUGGAUGAAAGUUUUUAGAACAGCUGAGAUGUCUUCCUUUUGGCUCUGGUUGAUUUUGGUGUUCGCCAUCUUCAUCAAGUCUUCCUCGGCUGGACAGAUAAAUAUUACUGCUGUGCUCGGUGAAAAUGCCAUUUUGCCAUGUCGAGUUUUGGAUGGUAACAAAACCAUCAAUGGCCUAGAGUGGAGCAAACCUGAGCUGGAGACAGAAUAUGUCCUGUUGUACCGGGAUGGACACUUGGACUUAUUCAAGCAGCAUCCAUCCUUUAAGGACCGGGUGGAUCUGCAGAACAGACAGAUGAAGGAUGGAAACGUGUCUUUGAUUCUGAAGAAUGUGAUGACUGCUGAUGCUGGAAUAUACGCAGUCCGUAAGAUUCCAGAAACAAAGCGCAGGAAGAGAGCUAAUCUGGGCGGUGAUCCCAUCUGCAACAUCACACUGAGUGUUGUUGAUCCUCCAGCUCAGACAGGAGGACACACAGAGGAUGGAGGGAAGGAAGUUGAAGAGAUGGAGUCGUUGGUGCCUAGAGGGAUGACGUUUUUUGAGGUGUUGUUUAGAGGGAUAGGGUUGUUUAUGGAGUUCCUGGCUCUGGUGAGUAAAGGGAUGGAGUUGUUUAGGGAGUUGCCGGCAGUGGUAGAUGGACGGAUGACGUUUUUUGAGGUGUUGUUUAGAGGGAUAUGGUUGUUUAUGGAGUUCCUGGCUCUGAUAUGACGACAUCUAGAACAUGAAAUCAUGACAGUGAAGUUUGUAUGUAGUUCAAUCCUAGAACCUCAACAGGGCUAAAGUAAUGAAACAGGUUUCCUGAGCAUGUGGGUUUCUUUGCAUACAAUGACAUCAAAUGCCCCAAGUCAGCCUGGAGAGCAGGUACACCGCCUAGAGCCACCUAGCAGCAAAUUUAAAGAAUCAUUUAGCAGGCAAGAGACAGGGUAAGACUUUAUAAUUGUAUUAAAGCAUCCAUAGCUGUGUAAGGAGGGGUUACAUGACAUGUUCUUCCAAAAACAGUAAGGCAGCAUGUACCUUUAUUAGUUUUACCUAAAUGCAAAUGCUCAGUCUUGGUAAAGAUAUGUGUUCUCCUGCUCUUUCUGCAGACCAGCUGAUGCCACAGGAGGGAGGAUGCCUCACCUUUAUGCCUCAAGGAAUCAACAAGAGUCAUCAGUGCAUCAAAGUUUAAUGGUACAGUACGUGAUAUCAAGGGCAGGUGGUCAACACUGGGGGAAGACAAGAAGCAGACGUACUUCCAAGAGGGAGCUGCAGUGAGGUCAGAGGAGGCGCUGGAAGGUUUCCCUAAUAGUUCCUGGUGAAUCAAAGCAGAACCAUAAAGGUUGCUGGACUGCAUGAUGGCCUUACCCCUGAGCCGUCAUCCUGUUAAAGGAGGAACCACUUAGCUGUUUUCAAAGUAGCUGAGCAGAUUUCUUCUCAACAGACAAAGCUGAUUGCAGAAGAUGUCGGAGAAGAACUUCAGGCCGUGGACUGAAAUGGUAUUUUUUUCUUGUUAUCAAAAGACAUUUGGAGUGACGGCUUCUACAACUGGUUGCACUAAAGUACAGCUUACAGUCUAAGAAACCACAGUGUUGAUAUUCAGCACAAAGAGAAAAGCUCACUUGUUUGAAUUUAUUUACAAUCAUAGUUUUAUAAAUUCUGACUGUAAACAGCGUUUACAGCUUUGAUAUUGUUUGACACUCGA